CCUCGAUCUUCUUCUUCACUCAUCCACCGCUGUGCUCCUCUGUCCGCUGUUGUAUCCCCGUGCAAUCUUUGGUGAGUACCCCCCGCUUGGGUUUGGGUUUGUCUCGUUCGCAUUCUGCUUUUCCGCGCCCCGUCCAUACACCGACUGUCUGGCCCUCCCUCCGAGGGAGGUGAAGGUGGCCAGACAGCCUGGACAGGACAGUCCCUCUGUCGCCGCGCCCUAACCUCAGCAAAUAUUCCACAUCGGCCCUGUCACUGGCCUUGCACGCCCCAUCACACCCCCCCCUCCUCGGACAACAAUCUCCCCCGAUCGUGCAUUCCAGCGUUUCCGAAAUUCGUCGCUUAUCAUAUCUCAUCAUAUCAAUCGCUAACAUGCCCCUGUUUCUCCCUUCCAGUCACUCCCGCAAUCAUGUCCGACGCAAAGGAACUCACCCUCCAGGAGGUCAGCGAGCACAACACCAAGAAGGACCUCUACAUGGUCAUCCACGACAAGGUCUACGAUGUCUCCUCUUUCGUCGAUGAGCACCCCGGUGGUGAGGAAGUCCUCCUUGACGUGGGCGGCCAGGACGGUACCGAGGCUUUCGAGGAUGUUGGACACAGUGACGAGGCCCGUGAGAUCCUGGACGGUCUACUCGUCGGCAACGUGAAGCGCAUGUCCUCCUCCGGUCCCUCCAGCUCCGGCGAGGCCGGCAUGGGCGUUGGCCUCUACGCCUUCCUCCUCGUCGGUGGUCUGAUCGCCUACGGCGCCUACCAAUACCUCCAGACUGCCUCCGCCGCCGAGACGCAGUAA